AUGGGAUCAGCGGGACCGCUCAAAUUCUCACAUUAUGGAGAUGCGCAGAACAAAUUUGUCAAGACACUGCCUCUGAUUGCCAACGACAAUGCAUAUCUGGCCGAUAUUUUCACAUCCGAGGAAAUGGAUCCUGAGAAGCCCAUCAGUGCAGGCUUCUACCGCCUUGACCCCGGCAAACCUCUUGAAUAUACAUAUACAUAUAACGAAAUGAAAAUUAUCGUCGAUGGAGACUUCGAGAUCUCAGACGAGAGUGGCCAAACAGUCAAGGCAACGAAGGGAGAUGUCUUUUUCUUUCCUAAGGGUAGCAAGAUCACGUUCAAGACUGUCAAUGGUGGCUUGGGCUUCUUCUGUGGGCAGAGGAAGAAGGACAGUGCAUGA